AUCUCUCCAAAGUCGCCAUGGCACGACGUGUGCGAAAUAGCAGAGCCUGGCAUUAUGUCCUGAGUGGCGUCCGUCGAGAUGCGGAUUCGCGGGUGGUAGCAUUGGCGUCCGGAGCGCAUGGCUGGGCAUAUGAUUCUGACGGGCAGCACAGCGACUCUGAUUCGGAGCCGGAAUUCCCUUCCCUUUCGCCGUCCAUCCCGACCGCGAUCCCUGUGACCGGAGAGUCCUACUGCAACUGUGAGAACCAGAAUGAAGCUCCAUACUGCUCGAACCUCCACGCUAUCCACCGGAUAAAAGACUGUCAGUGUGGCGAAGAAGAUGAAUAUUUUGACUGGGUGUGGGACGACAUGACUAAAUCGACUGCCACACUGUUGUCCUGUGACAACCGCAAGGUGAACUUCCACAUGGACUAUAGCUGCGGUACCGCUGCCAUCCGUGGGGACAAGGAGCUAGCAGAAGGGCAACAUUUCUGGGAAAUAAAGAUGACGUCGCCAGUCUAUGGCACGGACAUGAUGGUGGGCAUUGGGACCUCAGAGGUGAAUCUGGACAAGUACCGGCACACGUUUUGUAGCUUGUUGGGUAAAGAUGAAGACAGCUGGGGGCUCUCCUAUACAGGGCUCCUCCACCACAAGGGUGACAGAGUCAACUUCUCGACACGGUUUGGCCAAGGCUCCAUCAUUGGGGUGCACCUGGAUACCUGGCAUGGAACUUUGACUUUCUUCAAAAACAGGAAAUGCAUUGGCGUCGCUGCCACCAGGCUGCAGAACAAGCGGUUCUACCCCAUGGUGUGUUCUACGGCAGCCAAGAGCAGCAUGAAGGUCAUCCGCUCCUGUGCCAGCCACACCUCCCUGCAGUACCUCUGCUGCUACCGCCUCCGCCAGCUGCUGCCCGACUGCAUGGACACGCUGGAGGUCCUGCCCCUCCCUCCCGGACUGAAGCAAGUUCUGCACAACAAACUGGGCUGGGUGCUGAACAUGAACUGUGGCUCCGUCCCCCCCUCUCCCGCCCCCUCUUCGGGCAGCGACUCGGACAGCUCGUGUAGCUCGGAGGCCGAGGCCUGCCGACGCAAGCGAUGCCGGAGGACAUAACCGGAGGAAAGAUAUGCCGCCCCGGUCGACCGAGGAACCUCCCACCGGGGUGGCCCGAGCCGGCAUCUCUCUGGAAAGGGCAGUGCUCUCAGACAGACCCAUUGCUUUGCCCUCCACGAAGUCCCAGCUGACAAUUCCCCUGCUCGGGAAGACAAGGCAGCUCCUGCGGCCCUGUCUCUUGGUUUGCCAUCUGCAGCCAAUGCCUCUGCUUGGGGCUGGAGGGCAGCAUUGAACAUUGAACUCGGUGUGUGUGUGUGCGUGAGAGAGAGAGAGAGGGAGGCCUCCCAUUUGUGUACAUAUCUCCAGUGCUUUGCCACUGACCAGUCAGAGUAUUGUUAUUCACUAAACUGUACCUAGAAAGUGAUCUUCUGCAAGCUCUGCAACUUUGUAAAUUUUGCUUUGCAUGCCUGUAACUGCAGCUUUGCGCCUGUUGAUCCGUAUGAAAGAGGGGAAAAAACUUAGAAUCUGAUUAAACCCACGGUACAUGGGCCACACCUGCGGCUUCAUUCUGCUUUGCUUUCCAGCAC